AUGGCGACUGUACUUGCCAAAGGCUCGAAAGACCCGUCUUCUGUCUCGACAGUGUCGCUAGACAGCAUUUCUCCGCCGCUUGGAGUUCCCAUAACCGAAAGAAAGUCAUGGUUUAAGAAAGGAUCAUCAAUUGACAAAGAUGCCAUUGCCACUCAGCUUAGCGUUUUUGAUGAUCCCGAUACGGCGGAAAAGUACCAGCCAAGAGCAGAUUGGGAAAAUAUCCACCGAUUCGAUCCCAGUUUUAGAUGGACUUGGCGGGAGGAGCUGAAACUCAUCCGGAAGAUUGACUGGUACAUCACGUUCUGGGCAUGCAUUAUGUUCAUGGCUCUCGAGCUUGAUCGUUCCAAUCUUUCACAAGCCCUUACGGAUAACUUUCUUACUGAUCUCCACAUGACAACUAAUGACUACAAUCUCGGUAAUACAGUGUUCAAGCUGUCUUUCCUCAUCGCAGAACUUCCAUCACAACUAGUUUCGAAAUGGAUGGGCCCCGAUCGAUGGAUUCCGAUGCAAAUGUGCAUCUGGAGCAUUAUCGCAGGUGCACAGUUUUGGUUAUCCGGUAGAUCAUCAUUCCUUGCCACGAGAGCCUUGCUUGGAAUUGUUCAAGGUGGAUUUAUUCCAGAUAUUAUUCUGUACCUUUCAUACUUCUACAGGCAUGCGGAAUUAUCGAUCCGGCUUGGCUUCUUUUGGACUGCUCUGAGCUUGGCAGAUAUCCUCUCAGCAUUGCUCGCGUACGGGCUGCUACACAUGCGAGGCAUUGCAGGAAAGUCUGGAUGGAGAUGGCUUUUCCUUAUUGAAGGCCUUCUGACUCUCGUUAUUGGACUCUUCGCUUGGCUCCUCAUGCCACCUGGCCCCUGUCAGACGGCGAGCUGGUUUAGAGGCAAAAAUGGAUGGUUUAGCGAACGAGAGGAGAAAAUCAUUGUCAACCGAGUAAUCCGCGAAGAUCCUGGCAAGAGUUCCAUGCAUAAUCGCGAGCCGGUCACACCGAGACUACUAUGGCAAAGUCUUAAAGAUUAUGAUCUUUGGCCGAUUUACUUACUUGGACUUGUCUUCCAAGUCCCCGCCACGCCGCCCGCGAAUUAUCUUACUCUUGCGCUCAAAGGACUCGGCUUCGACACUUUCCAAACCAACUUGCUCACUAUUCCAUCAACGGUCUUACAUGUGUUCACAAUGUUGGGUCUCACAUAUUUCGCUGAAGCUGUCAACGAGCUUACCAUCACUGCCUUAUUCGGUCAAAUAUGGGUGCUUCCGUUCUUGAUCUAUCUCAAUGUCACAAACAGCCAAGAAGUCAACAAAUGGGUAUUCUGGGUGGUAGUCUCACUGCUCUUGGCAUAUCCAAAUGCCCAUCCCAUUCAAGUCGCCUGGAACUCUCGAAAUUCUAAUGCGGUCCGACUCCGAACGGUUUCAGCCGCGUGCUACAACAUGUUUGUGCAAGCUGGUGGUAUUAUUUCUGCCAACAUCUACCAAGCAGACGAUGCCCCUCGCUACGUCCGUGGCAAUCGCGCGCUUCUCGGCAUCAACUGUAUGAACAUCGUCAUUUAUCUUCUUACCAAGGUAUAUUUUAUCGCUCGUAACCGAUACCGCGAGAAGAAAUGGGCUGCCAUGUCGGAGAAUGAGCGGCUGGACUAUCUCGCUACGACGACUGACGAAGGAAAUAAGCGGCUUGACUUCCGAUUCCAGCAUUAG